GGGCAUGUUUGUCAAAAAUUCGCAUUCACUCGCUCUAUUUCUCCAACGUUCGCUUUGAUUGAAGUCCGGUGUGAAUUUGUCGCCAAUUUUUUUAACAAGAAAUUCUAUAUUGCUGCAUUAUUUAAACUGAUAUCUAGUCAUAGCACAAAACUUCAGGGUUAUAUGAAGACGCUGCGCCUGCUAAACCAAGUAGCAAACAGUUCAAGUAUUCUGUCUCGUGAGCUACAAAUACCGCGGCUUCAAACACAGUUGAAAUCUUUUUUAUCUAAUUGGAGUAAGUACCGUCGGUUAGCAAUGCCUGAAGCGCAAGAAAGUAUCAAUUUCCAGUAUCCGGAAGCCCGCCGCGAUGAAUCGGUGGUGGAGGAGUUCCAUGGAGUUAAAAUAGCUGACCCAUAUCGUUGGUUGGAAGAUCCGGACUCGGAGGAAACGCAAGCCUAUGUAGAAAAGCAGAACAAGAUAUCGCAACCGUUUCUGGAAGGUUGUGACGAGUGGAAAAAGUUGAACGAAAAGCUGACAAAACGUUGGAAUUAUCCCAAGUAUUCGUGCCCGUUCAAACAUGGAAACCGAUAUUUCUUUUACAUGAACACCGGUUUACAGAAUCAAGACGUUCUGUAUGUACAAAACUCGCUGGAAGACGAGCCGAAAGUUUUUUUGGAUCCCAAUUUAUUGUCCAAGGACGGAACAACUGCUUUAGUUGGUUCUCGAUUCUCGGACGAUGGAAAUCUAUUUGCCUAUGGUUUAAGUCAAAGUGGAUCUGAUUGGACCAAACUGAGAAUGCGAGACGUGAAUACAGGGGUGGACUUUCCUGAAGUUUUAGAGCACUGUAAGUUUGUCACGGCCUCUUGGACAAAGGACAACAAGGGGUUCUUCUACGCUCGCUACCCUGUAGCUGAAGGAAAAGCCGACGGUUCGGAAACGGCGGCGAACGAAAAUCAGAAAUUAUACUAUCAUGUCGUUGGAGAAUCACAGGACAAGGAUGUGCUUAUUGCAGAAUUCCCGGAGGAACCUUCGUGGAGAUUAACGCCAGAGGUGUCUGACUGUGGAAAGUACCUGAUGCUGUUCAUCAUGAAGGGUUGUAAGGACAUGUUACUAUACUUCAGCAACCUGGGAAAUUCCGGAGGCAUCAAAGGAAAGUUGGACUUUGUCAAAGUGGUUAGCGAGUUCGACAGUGAUUACGAUUACAUUACAAACGAAGGAAGCAUUUUCUCAUUUCGUACAAACAAGUGCGCACCAAACUAUCGUAUUGUGAACAUUGAUUUCGAAAACCCUGCCAUCGACAACUGGAAAACUUUAAUUGAGGAGCAUCCAAAGAACGUGCUGGACUGGUCCAACUGCGUCAACAAGGACAAGCUUGUGCUUGCUUACAUUGACGAUGUUAAGUCGGUACUGCAGGUACACAGCUUGCAUGACGGUAGUUUUAUAUCCACGUUCAAGCUGGAGAUUGGUACCAUCGUAGGGUUCAGUGGCAAGAAAAAAUAUUCGGAGAUGUUCUACCAUUUCGUGUCUUUCUUAACGCCAGGAAUUAUCUAUCAUUAUGAUUUUGCCAAAGAGGAACCGCAGGCUGUCAUUUUCCGGCAGGUUAAGAUCGAAAACUUUGAUAACAGUUUGUACAAGGUAGACCAGGUGUUCUACGAGAGCAAGGAUGGUGAACGGAUUCCGAUGUUUGUAGUGCAAAAGAAAGCGGAUGAUCAAGUGGAAAAACCUUGCCUACUUUACGGUUACGGAGGUUUUAAUGUUUGUGUCCAGCCAUUCUUCAGUAUCACAGGUUUGGUGUUCAUCGAUUCGUUUGAUGGGAUUCUCGCUUAUCCAAACAUUCGUGGUGGCGGUGAGUACGGCGAACGUUGGCAUAACUCAGGCCGACUGCUGAAGAAGCAGAAUGUAUUCGACGACUUCCAAUAUGCGGCUAAGCAUCUGGUGGAGAGUGGCCGUACCCGUUACAAAAAAAUCGCAAUCCAUGGCGGCUCCAACGGAGGUUUGCUAGUUGGAGCAUGUAUUAAUCAACGACCAGACCUAUUUGGAGCCGCAGUUUCUCAAGUGGGCGUCAUGGACAUGCUGCGCUUCCAUAAGUUUACCGUCGGUCGCGCUUGGGUGUCCGAUUAUGGUGAUGUCGAGCAGAAGGAACACUUUGAAAACCUGUACAAGUAUUCUCCGCUUCACAAUGUGCACACGCCAAAGUCCGAGAAAGAGGAGUAUCCUGCGACGCUUGUCCUAACCGCGGACCACGACGAUCGUGUUAGUCCGCUGCAUUCGCUGAAGUUCGUUGCCGAAUUGCAUCAUGCAAUUAAGGAUUGUGAGUUUCAGAAAAAUCCACUGUUACUGCGAGUAUAUAGCAAAACAGGACAUGGAGCCGGUAAACCAACAGCUAAAAAGAUUGAUGAAGCAACUGAUAUACUAACGUUUAUGUUCAAAGCAUUAAAACUUAAGUUGACCUUCUGAGGGCUGUAGCAACCGCUACGGAACAUUUCUUAUUAGCUUUCGUAUGGCCAUCUUGUUUGUUUUUUUUAACUGUAUAAAUAGCAUAAUGAUUUGUAUUAAUAUACUUACACGGUAUAAUAGUCAUUGAAAUAUCGUAGUAAAUAAAUUAAUUGGAAUCAGGUA